GCUCCGAGGUGGACGCUAUUUUUUUCCCCUUAUGCUUCAUCCGUCUGAAGUUGUACAGCAAUUAACCUCAAAAGAUCUUAGCGUUUGGAGUUUGCAGAAAUAAUUGGUUUAAAUUUAAAUUUUAAUAGAAUCGAGUAGGUAGUAAACAAUGGUUUGGGCUUUGCUUCCCGUCGAUCCUUCGUCAGCUGAAGAAAUAGGAGAAGAAGAUAAGUAUUAUAUCUUCAAGAAGGGAACGUAUACUGUGGGUCGAAAAGGGUGUGAUGUCAUCAUUCACAAAGACAAGGGCGUGUCCAGAAUCCAUGCUCACAUAAUGGUCGAUGGAAUGACUCAAUCAUCUCAAGUUACUAUCAAAGAUUUGUCCAAGUACGGGACAUUCAUUAACAAGAAUCUCACUUCUAACAAGAAAGUUCAUCAAUUUCCUAAUAAACAGACCUCUCUGGAAGAUGGGGACCUUCUUUCUUUUGGAACUGGAAAUGCAACCUUAAGAUUCUCUUAUGUGCCGCUUGUAUUCUACAUCUGCUGUGCUGAGGCCUCCCAUAUGAGUCAUUAUCUUGAGGACAAAGUUUCAUCCAUUGGUGCUCGUCUUAUUAAUGCCUACAAUGAAGAUUGUACUCAUGUGAUUGUUGAUCAACACAUGCCCCUGAAAAGGGAUGUACUUGAUGCAAUUGUGGAUAAGAAACCGCUUUUACAUACUAGUUGGCUUGAGCUUGUAGCUGACAAAAGUAUCCACACUGAGUUUCCUGACUGCCGACCCCAUGUUCCAAAAAUAAUGGUGGAUGGAGUAGUUGUUGAAGUUGCAGACCCAAAAACGCGUGAAAAUUGUUUGGGAGAAUACACCUUUUUGUUAGAAUCUACUCAUGUGUACAAUUUUGGGGAUAGAUUGCAGUCACUACUAGAAGUGAGUGGCUCAAGGGUUAUCUGGGUUAAAGACAUUCGUUCAAAUAAUCAGGCUUUUGAGCGCGGAGAAAAUACUUGUUGUACUUAUGUUGCUCCUGGAAGAUCAGCAGACAAGUUUGACCGCUUAGAUAAACUAGGUUUGUCAUAUAGAGUGAAUGAGAUGGCAUUAAUUCGUGCUCUUUUAUCUGGAAAAUUGGAUCACUCUAUGUUGAUAUCAUCAUCAGUUCCUGUUUCUUCUUGCUCCACUGAUGAAACUGUAGUAGCUGAUUCAGAAGAGGAAAAUGAAACAGCUACAUCAGUUAAUGCAAAUUCUACUAUUCAAAAUAAAGGAGCUCGGACUUAUGUGAACAGAGGAAUUUCCAUGGAAUUCCCUAGCUAUGUGAGCAAAGCAGAAGUUUCUACAUGUCACGAUACUAGUAAAUUGGAGGAUGGCAUAAAAACCUCCAAAGAUGAUAAUUGUUGUUUGACAGCAAGAAGAGAUAAGGCCGACGAGGCUGAAUAUGGAAGUUCUAGUAUUGUUUAUAGCCAAGUUCUAAUAGUUAGAGAUGUAAAUGUAAGUUCGAGAAGUAGCUAUAAAGCUGACAAUGGGGUUAUAAACUACAAGCGCUUUCGCAAGGCAAGCAUUCAGUCAGGAAAUAGCUUCAGCAAUCUUGUUCCAUUUUCAAAAUAUCCUUACAAAGAUUAUGAAUUUGGAAGUGGGGAGUUGUCUGAGUCUGUUAAAGAGGAGAAAAAGAGAAAGAAGAUGGACGCCAUUGCGGAUGACAUGUUUAACAGUGAAAAGGGGGGAAGACAGCGUGGUUUAUCAGGUUCUCUUCGUCGUGGGGGACUUCAUAUGCGGGGUUGACAAAGGUGUUGUAUUUAGUGCAGUGUCUUCCUUAUGUAAUCACUAGAUUAUACCUUUGCUAGAGGGACACAUGGCAUUAGUUAAAAAGAGCUUGCGUCACUGCCAUGUGUAUAUAAAAACAUACAUUAUAUUUGGGAGGAGAGAUCAUUUUUAUGUUUCUUGAAGUUUAAUUAGUCUACUGAUUAUUGUAGUCCUUAAAAGUUUUGUAUUUACGAGUAUGUAAUAGUAAAGUGUGGAUAUGAAAGGUGUGCACGCAUAUAUGUUGAUAUGCA